AGCAUUAAGGGAGAGGCUCCACCCACACAGUUAUGUCAUUAGCAGGGCUGUGGGUGAUUGGCUGCCUGGGACUGUUCAAUAGGGGGCAUUGCAAAGGGGAGACCUAGGCUGUGGGGUUUGUUGUGUGGAAUUAUGCUCUGGACACCUGGGUUCUAUUUCCAGCUCUGGGAGGGGAGCGGAGACUAGUGGUUAAAGCAGGAGGGCUGGGAGUCAAGACUCCUGGGUUGUAUUCUGGGCCUGGGGAGGGGAGCGAGGACUAGUGGUUAGAGUUGGAGGGGGGAGGAAGGCUGUGGGCCAGGACUCCUGGGUUCUAUCACCAGUUCAUACAAGGUCCUGAGCUGGCAGUUCUUAACCAGGACAGAGCACAGACAGACUCCAGUCUGGGAAAUCGUUAAAUCUUGCUUUCCUAAAGGCCCUUGGCAGCUUCUGUUCCAUACCGCGUUCUUCCUCGCAUCCAGUUCCAAACUGCAGGUCAGCCGCGAUCACCUUCCACCCGAGGCACAGCUGUGUUAGAUGAAGUGAUGAAAAUGAGGAGGGAUCCCCCUCAAGGUGUGAUGUAACUAUAAGGUUACGAUGUCUAAUCAGGAAUGUGAAAGUCCAGAGCCAGAAGAGGAGCAGGCUAAACCGGACAGCCCGUUCUUUGAUGAUAUAGAAAGACGUGAAUUACAUAGUGAGAUCCUGUCCAGGAAGGAAUCGCCCAGCACAGCUCUGCUCUGCCCCACUGCAGAUGUGCCUGUAGCAGCAUUGGAUGGCAAGUCAUCCAAUUAUUUCGCAGCCCUGGAUUCAAACAUUGAAAAUCUGCAGAAAAGAACGCAGCAGCUGAUUGAGAAGAUCAACGAGAACCGGAAGAAAGACCACACUGUCAUGAGCAAUUUCAGGGAGAGCCUCCUGCUGAAGGUUUCAAGUUUGGCAGAGAAGCUGGAGGAAAUGAUGUUUCUCAUUUACGAUCGCCAUAACAAGCAAAUGCAGGAUAAGCUCCAAGAGCUCUCGGAGAUAAUGGAGAGGAUCAGCCAGAUCCAAACGGAGCUCAGACAAGUCUGCCACACUGUGGAGGCAGCUUAUAAAGACUUGUGUGUGCAGCCGGAGGUGUGAGAACACUGGGAAGAAGGGCCAGCUGGAAUCAAAAGCCCAAAGGAACCAAUCAAACCAUCGUGUAGCUACUAUUCUGGUGCAAAAGGAAAAAUAAGACUACAGGUCAGAUAAGGGCCCCUUUUUCUAUUCCUGUUGCAGUUUGUUUAAUUGUUAAAGUUGUUUUAAAAACUCCUAAACUUUCAAGCUCUGAUAGUGUCCUAAAGGGCAUGAAGCCAGACAGGUUAAAAACCAUGGCUGGCAAGAGUCAGUCUUCAUAAAAGUGGGAAUAAGUCUUACCUACGUGGGAGGGAAUGUUGAGAUGUCAUUAAAGCCCACUGAAGAUACAAAAGGAUCAUGCAAUGGCCAGUGGCUGUUGUCAAACUUCUGCACCCUGCUGCCUUUGAAAUGCCUUUCUUCGAGUGUGGCAGGGGGAGAUUGUUGUUGCUAACUCUCUCCUAGCGCUGUUUAUUGUAAAAGGCAUUUUAUAAAGAUCACAUGAAUGUUACAUUCCACUUUGUUGGUUUAUCAAUAGCUGUAAACAUGUCUCCUUCACUGACUUGCCUGUUCGUUAUUUCCAACCGCUGUCUGUGCUGAUAUGAAAAACACAAUGGGAUUUAAAGCAAAAACAUAAGAUUCUGUCGCUCAGUUUCUUUACAGGAGAACAGAGUUUAAGCUGCUGUUCCUGAUAAGCCUUAUUAUUCUCAAACGCAGAGAACAAAAAGACCACUUACACAUGCAGGGGCUGAAAACAGAACCUGUUCUGCUGCCCAUCAGACCUACAGCAAAGGAACAAAAUGUCCUAGCCAAGUGGGGGUGUGUGGGGAAAAGGGCAGGGAGCACUGCACUUUCUGUCCUAAGAAGCCACUUCCACCCAUCAGUCACAGCCAGCAGAUCAGAAAACCGGCAAGUUAUUUUUAUAUACUGUUCCCAUUGCCCAAUGCUGGACACGGCUAUUUUAUAAUUCCUGGGGCAGCCCCAAUUGUCUUAGCACAUGUAGGUGGGCUGGGACUUUUUGCCACAAUCAUGGGACCUGAAGCGGUGUGGAGGAGAAGGUUCAUUUCAGGUGGAUCAAUCCAGAGAAACCACCCUGGUUGUUAAAGAGUUUUCUAGCAAGGAUGGCUCAGCUGUCUAAUCCCCUUGAUAAGGACACAUCUCCGACUCUUGGUCUAAUGUCCAUUUCACAUAACGAACAGUACAGACCAGAUUGUCAAAGUUGGGUGUUGAGCAC